UCGGCGACUUACAGCGGGACUGCGGCGGGCAUUCUGACACUGGAUGGGAACUGGCUAACUGCCACUGACAUCCCCAGUGACACCAGUACAGUGAUCAAUGCUAAUAAAAAGCACUAACACUGUACUAAUGACACUGGGCAGGAAGGGGUCAACAUGUGAGGCGAUCAAAGGGUUAACUGUGUGCUGGUUAACUGUGUGCUGUGUGUUUUACUGGGGAGACAUGCUGUGUUGUAUUUCUCUGCUGUGCUGUGCAGAGAGAUACAAAGCAGCAUGUCCAUGCUGGCAGGAGAGACCCAUGUUUUUCCCUAACAGG